GGGGCGAGCUCCUUGGCCCCGCCUCGCGCUCAGACCCGGAAGCGGCAGCGGUCCCGGGGCAGCAGGAGGCGGAGAUGGCCCCGUCCGGGCUGAAGGCGGUGGUGGGCGAGAAGAUCCUCAGCGGCGUCAUUCGCAGUGUGAAGAAGGAAGGAGAAUGGAAGGUGCUGAUCAUGGACCACCCCAGCAUGCGCAUCCUCUCGUCAUGCUGCAAGAUGUCCGACAUCCUGGCCGAAGGCAUCACGAUCGUGGAAGAUAUUAAUAAGCGCCGGGAGCCAAUCCCCAGCCUGGAGGCCAUCUACCUGCUCAGCCCUGUGGAGAAGUCGGUGCAGGCUCUGAUCAGUGACUUCCGGGGCACCCCCACCUUCACCUACAAGGCGGCUCACGUCUUCUUCAUGGACACCUGUCCUGAGCCUCUGUUCAACGAGCUGAGCAAGUCACGGAUCAUCAAGGCCAUCAAAACCCUCAAGGAGAUCAACGUGGCCUUCCUGCCCUACGAGAGCCAGGUGUACUCCCUGGACAGGCCACAGACCUUCCACAACUGCUUCAGCCACUACCGCUCCUUGAACAAGAACAAGCAGAUGGAGAUGCUGGCAGAGCAGAUUGCCACAUUGUGUGAAACCCUGAAGGAGUAUCCAGCCAUCCGCUACAGGAAGGACCAUGAAGAUAACUUCCACCUGGCGCAUGCUGUGCUGGCCAAACUCAACGCGUUCAAGGCAGACAACCCGAGCAUGGGAGAGGGCCCCGACAAAGCCCGCUCUCAGCUGCUGAUCGUAGACCGGAGCUUCGACCUGGUGUCCCCACUGCUGCACGAGCUCACCUUCCAGGCCAUGGCCUACGACCUGCUCAGCAUCGAGAACGACACCUACAAGUACGAGACGACAGGCAUCAGCGACUCGCGGGAGAAAGUGGCGCUGCUGGAUGAAGACGACGAACUUUGGGUGCAGCUACGCCACAUGCACAUCGCUGAUGUCUCCAAGAAGGUGACCGAGCUGCUGCGCACUUUCUGUGAGAGCAAGAGGCUGACCACGGACAAGGCCAACAUCAAGGACCUGUCCCAGAUCCUGAAGAAGAUGCCCCAGUACCAGAAAGAGCUGAACAAGUACUCCACACACCUGAACCUGGCUGAGCACUGCAUGCGGCACUUCAAAGGGACAGUGGAGAAGCUGUGCAGCGUGGAGCAGGACCUGGCCAUGGGGAUGGACGUGGACGGGGAGAAGAUCAAGGACCCCAUGAAGAUCAUCGUGCCCGUCCUGCUGGACCCCAGUGUGCAGGCCUACGACAAGAUCCGUAUCAUCCUGCUCUACAUCUUCCUGAAGAACGGUGUGGGUGAGGAGAACCUCACCAAGCUGAUCCAGCAUGCCAACAUCCAGCAGCAGAGCAACAUCAUCCACAACAUGCAGCUCCUGGGCACCUCCCUCACGCCUGGUAGCGGGCAGCUGCGACCCGAGAGGAAGGUGCGGCUGGAGUCCACCUACCAGCUCUCCCGCUGGACCCCCAUGCUGAAGGACGUCAUGGAGGACACCAUUGAGGACAAAUUGGACAAGAAGCUGUGGCCCUUCGUGUCGGACCCGGUCCCUGCCGCCAGCCCCCAGGCUGUUGUCAGCGCCCGCUUCGGGCAUUGGCACAAGAACAAGCCAGCGGCCGAGUACCGGACAGGCCCGCGCCUCAUCGUCUACGUGCUGGGUGGGGUGUCCAUGUCUGAGAUGCGCUGCGCCUACGAAGUGACCCAGGCCACCGAGGGCAAGUGGGAGGUGGUGAUCGGUUCCAGUCACAUCCUGACCCCCAAGCGCUUCCUGGAUGACGUCCAAGCCCUCGACCAGGCAGCCCCCGUGGAGGCCUAGAAGCAGCCCCUUCCCCCCAGAGACUCUGCCCCCCCCCCAGCUCGCUGCCCCCAGCUCCACCUGCUCUUCUCAACAAGGCACCUUCCUUCCGUACUCCUGGCAGUAGUGUUGGUUCUUGAGGGGGUGGGGGGAAAGGGACCCCCAGGCUGCUUGGCUGUUAGGCCAGGGGGCAGGCCAGGCUCCCUCCUGGUGGCACAGGGUCCUAGGGCUGCCACCCUCUGUGCCCUGUGGCCACCCUGCCCUCGGGGCGGGGGAGGGGGAGAGAGUCAGGCUCUGUUAUCUUCUAGCCUCAGCCAUUCCUACCUACCCUGCCUGGGACCCAAAGCACAGCCCCUCCCACAGCUGCAAGCAGUGGGGGGGCGCACAGAGGAUGCUACCAGUGUCUGGCUUUGGGGGGAAUGUAAUCCAGCCACUGAGCCUCAGGCUGAGUCUGUCCAGUCUGCAAAGGGUUAAAGAGAACCCCCUCUUCACCACCUUGGGGUGCUGGCCCUGCCCUGGCUCCCUGCACCCCUCCCACCACAGCCUGGCACCCUGGCCUCUCGGCCCCGUCCCCCAGUGGGGACCUCGGCUCCAGAAGGGGGAGGGGCCAUAGUAGGAGUUGCAGCCAGCUGGGGCCAUCACCUGGAGAGGGGCUACCCUGGACACCUCAGUAACUGGGGGUGGUGCCAGGACUGCAUAGGAGGGGCAGAGCCGGGCUGCACCUACAGCCCCGCAAGAUGCAGUCUGGGCUCGCUGCCCUGCUGGGCCUGGAUCAAAUGCCCCUGCCCAGGGGCAGACACCUCCCCAGUGCCUUUCCCUGGGUAUCAGAGCCCCCCCGGGUACCUGGAGCCCCAGCUCCAUCUGGGACACUCAGCUCCAUCCCCCUUGGCUCUGAUCAAGCCCUGAGCCAAGCCUCACCCCCUGCAUCCCACGGGCCCUAGAGGUCCCCUCCCUCUUGCCCGCCAGCAGGGCUGUGCUGGGGCAAGUGCUGGCAGGAGUGACCCCAGGUAAAAGUGGUGACCUCAUUUACCAGGAGUGACCGCCCAGGGCGGUAAAGGGGGGUGUGGGUAUUUUCCCUGCUGGCCCUGCCCCCAGGCUACUUCCCUGCUGGGCAUGUGCCUGGGCCAAUAAAGUGCAAUGCCAAAGGCUGGCCAAGGUCUCAUGCGGGGGAAGGGAGGGGAUAGGGCAGAGUGUAUGGCUGAGGGCCUGGGGUGCCCUGGGAUCUUCCCAGCUUCCUGCUCAGAUCCUGCUGCAGGUUCCAGGCAUCCUGGCUCUGAGUCACCUGGCCAGCACUGGCCUCCCCCCAAGGAGGGUCGGGUAGUGGCUGCUCCUUUCACUGUUGGACCAGGGCCUGGGGGCAGCUCUGCUCUGGCCUGCGGCUGCCUCCUCCUGGUGCAGUGCAGGCUCACCCAGCCGUGCCCCAGAACCGACACAGUUCCCCGUGUCUCACUGCCCCUACUCCCUCGUUCUGCCUCGCUGGUCUGUGUGCCAGAGGGAGCCUCAGGAGUCCCCCUAAGCCAGCUAUAGGGUCCCCAUCAAGUCUGGGGUUGGGGCAGGCACUGAGUGAGCACCAGGGCCCAGCCCUUAGGCUGGAGUCUAACCUCACCCCCACAGGGAACCGUACCCACCCAGCCCACUGACUCCCAGCCCCUGCUCUAACCACUAGCCCCCGCUCCCCACUAGGGUGACCAGACGAUAUUAUCGGGACAGUCCUGAUUUUAACACAUUUGUCCAGUGUCCUGACCGCACAUUGGUCGGGACGCCCUUUGUCCCAAUAUUGGGGACCGCUCACCAUGAGUCACCGCCAAAGUCCCGGGGCUGGCGUGGUGGUGCUUCCCGGAGCCUGCAGUGCUGGCGGCCCCUAGGCACAGAGGCAGAGGGCGUCUCUGCAUGCUGCACCGGUUCCCUCCUGCCCAAUCAGAGCUGUGGGGGUGGGGCUCGCAAGUGCUGGCAGCAGGCGGAGAGCCCUCUGCUCCACCCCAUCCACCCGACCUGACCCAACCCGACCCUAGGAGCCAGAGGGACCUGCAGGAUGCUUCCGUGGAGCCGCCCCAGGUAAGCACCGCUGGGACUCCCCACCUCGUCCCCCAGCAGGUCCCUCUGGCUCUUAGGGUUGGGGCGCCAUGCACAGCGCAGAGAGCCGGAGAGCGCCGUCCCGGGCUCCCGUCAUCCUGGGAAGUGCAGUGAGCUGGCGCGGCUGUGAGCUGGGGGAGAAGCCUGCCCCAAAGUGGCGGCGCAGCACCACUGUUGGAGCCGCCAUCUCCUGGCUCCAGGUGGCUGGAGGGGAGCCCGGCACUGCCCCGUCCCGCAGACCGCAUAGCUCCGCUCCCCACUCACCGUACGGACGGCUCCCUGCGGUGCGCGGGCUCUGUUCAGUGCUGGGUGCUGUGCCGUCCAGCGGGGUAAAUAGCAACCCGGCCCCCGCCACGCCACCCCCACACGGCCAGCCCACCUGGGCCACUGCCCGCCAGCAGCCGUGACCCAACGAGGGUGUUUGGCUGGGGAUUGCAGCCUGCAGCGGCCGGAGGAGGGAGGGCACCAAGGGAUCCGCAGCAGCGAGCAGGGGCGUGUGGUGUCACGAUGUGGGACAGUUUCCUAUGUGCCCCCGCAACUAUCUCCUGCAGCAGGGGUGGGGGUGGUUAUAAAGCCAGGUGGGAGAGUCAGUGGCCACUUUGGGUGAGUCUGCCCUGCAGUUUAAGUGCAGGGUUAGUGGGACUUGAGUCAGCUGAGCUGUGUUAGGGAGCCCUGGGCUUAGGGUGACCAAAGGUCCCAAUAUUAGAGGCUUUGUCGUAUAAAGGCAAUUAUUCCCCUCCCCCGGCCCUGGAAAAAAAAAAAGUGUCCCGAUUUUUUACACUUGCUAUCUGGUCACCCUACUUCCCACUCAGAUCUGGGACAGAACACCUGCCUCCUUGCUCCCCCUUUAGGGUCUGGCCUUUGCCCCAACCCGCACCUCCUCCGUCCUCCUGUGCCUAGAGCUGCCCCAGGGUCCCGCCACCCCGGCUGCUGCUGGCCCCCAGCACUUUGGGACCUGGUCCUGUGUGGCACCUGCAUUGUGUGAGCAGCUGCUGUAGGCUCGUCCCGCCAGCCAGGCCAGGCCUCCUCUCUGGCAUCCUCUAGCCUGUGCCAGCACCUGGGGGUGCAGUGGCAGUUUCUCCAGCCCCUCCCCCCCAUUGGAGGAUGAAAGGAGACAAGGUUCAUCCAGCAACAGGGGGUUGGAAUGAGCUGCCAGUGGGGUCCUACCGUGCUACACCUAAUAAACGAUCAAGACCACACUGGCCCAGUUUGCCAUGGAGAUACAGAUUCUGACCCGAAUUGCCCCAGAGGAUCCUAUUUCCCAUCUCACCCCAUCUUUUCCCCCAGCUGAUGUUUUGAAAUUCCCACCCUUUGCUUGGGUCAUUUCUCUACCUGGGCUGAAGAGAAACUCCCUACCCACAUCCACGCAUCUGCAGUGGUUUCCUCUCCUGCCCUGUUGCUUCAGUUGGUGGAUGUGAUUGCAGAGCCAUUGGCCAUUCUCUUUGAAAAUUCACAGCGAUCGGGGGAGGUCCCGGAUGACUGGAAAAAGGCUAAUGUAGUGCCCAUCUUUGUAAUACACCUAAGAAAUAAUACUAAAUGCUAAUAGGACUGGAUUGUCCCAGGUCCUGGGCUGACUGUUCGGAAGGGUAUGGUGCAUAGCAUCAGGGAGGUGUCAUUAGGUUGGGGAUCCAGGAGGGUGUCCAGCAGCAGCGGAGUCUCUAGGAAAUAGCCAGGGAACACCCUCAGGACUUGUUUCUGCUGGAGUUGGGCCCAAGCUGCAAUUCCCGAUCCAAAGCACUCCCAGUGUUACAAUUUUGUCACAAGUCGCGUGCUGUUUGAUGUUAAAGUACCAGCUCCAGGGGUCAUAGGAUUACAGGACAAUCUUGGCUUUCUUCUUUUUUUUAAAAGUAUGUUUUCUGCCCUCGCACAGAAAAGCUGGAAAAUGUGACCCGGCAAGGCUCAGAAUCCAGAAAGUAAAGAAACAGAAUCCAGUGCAUAUCUCUUUUUUUUUGUCAUGACUUUUCAGCCAAUCUCCUGAUUUUGCACGGGCUGGACUCGUAAUUUUUCAAGGUUUGGGGCUGGUGAUUCUGUUAAGGAGGCAAGAUUUUUGCUAGGAAAUACAUGGCUUUUUUAUUGCCAUUGCAUCUAGCCUGGCUGAAGUCAUGGGCCAUUGAUAACUGAUUUGCAAGGGGUUGUUACGAAGGUGGAGUUGUGUUGGGGAUCUGGAGGGGCUACCAAGAACAGGUAGACUCCAGGAAAUGUUGAUAAAGUUCCUACCAGAGAUGGGCCCAGCUAAUGAAGCCCAGAUCCAAGAGACAAACUGCGCAGAGCUAGGGGAGUGAUUCAACCUUCCACUGCUGCCCAGGACAGGAUGUGGGGAAUGGAGUGGAGACACAGACUGGGAAUUUGGGGAGUAGACUCUGCACUAGGUACCACAAUGUCUCCUGGGAAUUGUAGUUCAGGUGCUCAGUGCCUUCACUCUUCUCUUUGGGCCCUUCUCCAGACAGCAUCCAAUCUAAGUAAAUGUAUGAGCCACCAAGGAAUGAGAUGAGCCACAAAUCUUUUCUCUUUAAUGAGGAUUUUUUCCCAGUGGCUGGUUGGCCAGCAGUUAAAUGAGGGGUGGGGUUAAGAGAGGUUAUAAAGAGAGCAGAUCUCAUCAGCCACACUGCUGAGGAUUCCUGGUCCCUCCUCAGAGAUGCAGCAAAGCAGACGUGCAAUAGAUGAGAGUCCCGGAUGGGGGGUGAAAUGCACGGUGAGGCCUGGAAGCAGCUGGCAUAGCAGGGAGCUCUUGUUGACUGAGCGCUGGCAGUGGGAACAUGAGCAUGAGCUACGGGCCCAGAUCCUCAAAGGGAAUUAGGUACCUCAUUCCCAUUGGAAUCCUUGGGAGUUAGGAGCCUCUGAGAAUCUGGCCCUUAGGAGUCCAAGCAUCUUUGAAAGUCAGGGGGACUUGCUGAUUUUCAGACACUUGGGUUCCUAAGAAGAGCUGGAGGAAAUUUUUCAUUCAAAAUCGUUUUUCAGAGAAAAAUGUGGAUUUGGCAUCACAGAAACAUUCCUCAAAUUCAUGUCGAUUUCUCUGAAUUGUUUCAGUUGGGGAAAAAAGCCUCCAAAAGAAAUGGAAAGAAUUUGACAUUUUGGUUCCAAACUAGUUUUUGCUUUGAAAGUCUCUCUAAUUUAAUUUGAAAAAAAUCAAAAAUAUUAAAAAAUGCUUGAAAUAAAAACAAACCAAAUGAAA